AUGCAGACUGCCAUUCAUCAGCCCAUGGCUAUGACCCUGGUUGCUGAUACUACUAUUACUACUCCUACAACCUCGACGACUGCGUCUUCCCCUCGAGUCUCUUCGCAGCCGGUCCCGCAAGAUGGCCCCGCCGAAGUGGAACAGGCCGUGGUAAUCGUCUACGGGCCCGGUCAGGAUGCCAUCGUCCACGUCGUCGCGGAGGUCCUGGGCAGGCCCUGGACGACGGAGAAGACGUCGCUCGCCACGCACGUGCGCGGCAGUAGUGCCAUGGUGGUGGGCGUGCUGGGAGCUGAUCUAGCGCACAGCCUGGAUGCAUGCGGCGACGAAGCGGUGUCGUUGUCGUCGCCGACGCCGCGGAUUGUCAUCAACACGCACUGCGUGGACGACGGCUCCUUCCCCGACGAGACGCUCACCGAGCGCUGCGACUAUGAGUUCCUCUACUCGCAUAGCCCGUUCCUGCGGCGCGAUCUCACGCGCUUCCUGGCGCUGGUGCUGGGUCAGACGCGGCCGCACGAGGACCUCCGCACCAAGACGCGCACCAACUUCAUCUCGACGACGUUCCUGGACGUGCAUGCGGCGCUGCCCAACCUCGACAUCCUGUCCGUGGGCUCGGACGCCGUGGAGAUCCGCGUGGAUCUGCUGGUCGAGCCGUCGCCGCCGGGCGCGGUCCCCAGCUCUGUGCCCAGCCUGCGGUACGUGGGCCGGCAGCUGAUGCUGCUGCGGCAGCACACGGAGCUGCCCAUCAUCUUCACGACGCGCUGCACCAGGGAGAACGGCAAGUUCCCGAUGGACGACCCGGCCCUGUUCUACCGGUACCUGCGGCGCGCCAUCCAGUGGGGGUGCGAGUACAUCGACGUCGAGCUGUGGCUGCCCGAGGCCAUCCGCCGGCGGCUGGCCGAGCAAAAAGGCCACAGCGUGAUCAUGUCGGCCUUCCACGACUUCUCGGGCCAGUGGCGCUGGACGUCGGCCGAGGCGGCCCGCAUCUUCGCGGAAAGCGCCCGGUACGCGGACAUCGUCAAGAUGAUCGCCAUGGUGGACACGAUCGAGGCCAACUACGAGCUGGAGUACUUCCGGUCGACGGUGACGCGGGGCGGCGGCGGCGGCGGCGGCGGCCGAAACGAUGCGACGCCGCUGCUGUCGGCGGUCAACAUGGGCCAGCUGGGCCAGCUGUCGCGCGCGCUGAACACGGUGUUCUCGCCGAUCACGCACCCGCUGCUGCCGAUGAUCGCGGCGCCGGGCCAGUUGACGGCGGCGGAGAUCAACGAGGCGAUGCACAUCAUGGGGGCGCUGCCGAAGCGCGAUCUGUACGCGAUCGGCCCGUCCCGGGCGACGCCGCAGUCGAUGUUCAUGGAGAAGUGCUUCAACGAGCUGAGCCUGCCGCACACGCUGACGUCGAUCGACCGCGGGCCCCCGGGGUCGAUCGAAAGCCUGCUGCGGCAGCCCCGCUUCGGCGGCGCGGCGGUCCACCCCCCGCUGGCCAGCGCGACGGUGGCGGCGUGGACGUGUCCGGCGACGAUAGUCAGCGAGGCGGCGCGGGCGAUCGGGCUGGUGGACACGAUCGCGGUGGUGCGCGGCGAGCCCGGCGGGCGGGCCACGCUGGUGGGCGAGAACGCGUCGUGGAAGGGGAUCCGGGCGACGCUGACGCGCGACUACGUGCCGUCGGCGUACCGGGGCCGGGCGGCGAUCAUCCUGGCCGGGUCGGAGAGCGAGGCGUCGGCGGCCCUCUAUGCGCUGCGCAGCCUCGGGGUCGGGGCGAUCUACACGGUCGGGUUCCGGGCAUGCGGGCCGCUGGCGGCGGGACUGGAGCCCUUCACGUCGCUGCAGUCGGUGCAGCGGGUGGAGCAGCCGUUCGUGAUGGUGUCGGCGCUGCCGCCGGAGAAAUCGCUGCUGGUGCAGCCGCUGCUGCGACACUACCGCACGACGGGGCGCACGUCGCCCGCGGCGGCGACGUGCGGCAAGGUAUACCUGGACCUGACGGGGGCCGGGGCGCGCAAGGGCGAUCCGGUGGGCGUGGCGGUAGGCGCGGGCUGGACGGCGUACGGGAUCGAGGAGGUGACGGCGUGGACGACGGUGGAGACGCUGCGACUGCUGGUGGGACAGAAUGUGCCGUUUGAUUUUGUGCGGAUGGCGUCGGGGCGGAUUUAUCUACCUUAG